AUGUACUUGACAAGGAGCCACGGGGGAAAAGGGGAGAAGCAGCUGUCGGAGGAGGAGAGCGAACGCAUGUAUCACCGCUACGAGGACAUGGUGAGAGCUUUGUUCGCCGUGCACAACCAGUGCCCUUACAUCACGCGCAUCUACAGCGUGGGCCGCAGCGUGGAGGCGCGCCACCUCUACGUGCUGGAGUUCAGCGACAACCCGGGCAUCCACGAGGCGCUGGAACCCGAGUUCAAGUACGUGGGCAACAUGCACGGCAACGAGGUGGUCGGCCGCGAGCUGCUCAUCAAGUUCUCCCAAUUUCUCUGUGAGGAAUUCCAGGCCGGAAACCAGCGCAUCGCGAGGCUCGUCUACGACACGCGCAUCCACAUCAUGCCCUCCAUGAACCCCGACGGCUACGAGGUGGCUGCCAGACAGGGUCCCGAGUUCAACGGCUACCUGGUUGGCCGAGGCAACGUGCGCGAAGUCGACCUGAACCGCAACUUUCCCGACCUGAACGCGCUCAUGUAUUACUACGAGAAGAGCAACGGACGGAACCACCACCUGCCGCUUUCGGACAACUGGGAGCAACAGGUGGAACCAGAGACCCGGGCAGUCAUCAAAUGGAUGCAAAACUACAAUUUUGUCCUGUCUGCCAAUCUCCAUGGCGGCGCCGUGGUGGCCAACUACCCUUUCGACAAGUCGCGGGACGCCCGCAUCCGAGGGAGGACCACCUACGCCGCCACUCCGGAUGACAAAAUCUUCAGAAACCUGGCGAGGACUUACUCGUACGCGCAUGGCUGGAUGCACAAGGGUUGGAACUGCGGCGACUACUUUGACGAGGGAAUCACCAACGGAGCCAGCUGGUACUCGCUGUCUAAGGGUAUGCAGGACUUCAACUAUUUGCACACUAACUGUUUUGAGAUCACGCUGGAGCUGAGCUGCGACAAGUUCCCUCCCGAGUCUUCGCUGCCCGGAGAAUGGCUGGGCAAUCGCGAAGCGCUGGUUUCCUUUGUGGAACAGGUGCAUCAUGGGAUAAAGGGCAUGGUGUAUGAUGAAAACAACAACCCGAUCAAGAACGCUGAGAUCUCAGUGUCAGGCAUCGACCACGACGUGACCAGUGGAGUGCACGGCGACUACUUCCGACUCCUGUUGCCCGGCACGUACGCGGUGACGGCCUCUGCCCCGGGUUACGCCGUCUCCUCGAGCACCAUCACAGUGGGACCGGCUGGAGCCACCCAGCAUGAUUUUUACUUGAAAAAGGCCCCAAAACAAAACGCCAAGACGAAGCAGCACCACGGCAGGAGGAACGCGUCAUCUCCCAAGUCCACCUUAAAACUGGGUCCGAGAUGAGAGACACGCACACAGAAAUGGAAAAUCGACUUUUUAUCUUUGUCGCCCCGUGCUGAUGUUUUUUUUUUUUUGAAACGCGUUUUGCUCCUUAUUAAAUAAUUAUUGCAAGAAUCGUGUAUUUAUGUAGCAGUACAGAUGCACAUGAAGAUGGCUGUCCUUUUUUCUUUGGGGAGGGGGGAUAUUUCCCAUGACGUUAUUUGUUGAAAGCAAAAAUAAAAGACUGCGUUUUCUUCUCCUGUGAUGUGACUAAAUCACUGUACACU